AUCUUCGACCUUUCAAUUCCCUCUCCCUCCCAACAACCGUUUCAUCAAUCACAGAAUCCGAACUUCUAAAUUCCAUAGAAUCUUCUCACUGGCAUUUCAUCAAACAGGCUGCGCCACACUACACUCCCUCUCUCAUCUCCUCAACUCUAACCUCCCUCCGCCACAAACCCCAACUCGUCCUUCAGCUUUUAUCCCAUCUCAACGGCCAUUCGCUCGACUUAACCACCUCUUCUCUUGCUGCUUGCAUCCUCUGUCGCCUCCCAUCUCCCAAACCCUCUAUCAGCCUCUUACAGAGCCUCAUUCUAUCUUUCGCUGCCACCAACAAAACAAUUUUCCAUGAGUUGGAACUUUCCCUCGAUCGCUUGGAUGCCAAGACUAGUCUCAUCUUUGACCUUCUGGUCAGGGCCUAUUGUGAACUCAAGAAGCCCAAUGAGGCCUUGGAGUGUUUCUACUAGAUGAAGGAAAAGGGUGUUGAGCCUAACAUUGAGACUUGUAAUCAGAUGUUGAGUCUGUUUUUGAGACUGAACAGGACUCAGAUGGCUUGGGUUUUGUAUGCUGAGAUGUUUAGGAUGAAGAUAAAAUGUAGUAUGUACACUUUCAACAUCAUGGUUAAUGUGCUAUGCAAAGAAGGAAAGUUGAAGAAGGCAAAGGAGUUUAUUGCGUACAUGGAGGCUCUUGGGGUGAAGCCUAAUGUUGUCACAUAUAACACUGUUAUACAUGGACACUGUUUGAGAGGGAAGUUCCAAAUGGCCCGUGUGAUCUUUCAAACAAUGAAAGAUAAAGGUCUUGAGCCUGAUUGCUAUACGUAUAAUUCUUUCAUAUCUGGGUUGUGUAAAGAAGGAAGACUUGAGGAGGCAUCUGAUUUACUUUGUAAAAUGUUACAAUUUGGUUUGGUUCCAAAUGCAGUAACAUAUAAUGCGUUGAUUGAUGGGUAUUGCAACAAAGGGGAUCUAGAUAAGGCAUUUGCAUGUAGGGAUGAGAUGAUAAGCAAAGGUGUAACGACAACUUUGGUUACAUACAAUUUGUUUAUCCAUGCACUGUUUAUGGAAGGAAGGAUGGGAGAAGCUGAUAAUAUGAUAAAAGAAAUGAGAGAAAAAGGCAUGAAGCCUGAUGCUGUUACAUAUAACAUAUUGAUUAAUGGGUAUUGCAGAUGCGGGGAUGCAAAGAGAGCCUUCAGUCUUCUUGAUGAAAUGGUGGGAAAAGGGAUUCGGCCAACUUUGGUCACGUAUACAUCACUUAUAUAUGUUCUGGGAAAAAGGAAUAGAAUGAAAGAAGCAGAUGCCUUGUUUAAUAAGGUUCAACAAGAAGGUCUGUUGGUAGAUACUGUAAUGUUUAACGCGUUGAUCGAUGGUCACUGUGCAAAUGGUAAUAUUGAUAGUGCAUUUCAACUCUUGAAACAGAUGGAUAACAUGAAGGUUCAUCCUGAUGAAAUCACUUAUAACACCUUGAUGCAAGGAUACUGCAGAGAGGGGAAAGUGGAAGAAGCUAGGAAGCUUCUUGAUGAGAUGAAGAGAAGGGGGAUCAAACCUGACCACAUUAGUUACAACACACUCAUUAGUGGUUACAGCAAAAGAGGUGAUAUGAAGGAUGCUUUUAGAGUUCGGGAUGAAAUGAUGACUACAGGAUUUGAUCCUACAAUUCUCACUUACAAUGCUCUUAUACAAGGAUUGUGCAAAAAUCGGGAAGGUGAGCAUGCUGAAGAGCUCCUCAAAGAAAUGGUAAGUAAAGGCAUUACUCCUGACGACAGCACCUACCUAUCUAUAAUUGAAGCGAUGGAGAAAGUUGAUGACCUUGAGGAAAAUGUUGAUAAAUGAAUUGAAGAGGAAAAUAGUAUUUCAUGAGUUUGUGUGAACUUCUAGCACUGGAGUUUGGACACAAGUAUAUCAACAUUCCUUGUUCUACAAGCUGAAUCAAAUAUGUUUGAGUAA